AUGUCCAGCGGCCAACUCCCCCCUGCCAGCGUGAUAGCCUCCUGGCCAGCGCCAGACUAUAUUCAUCCCGUGCGCAGAGGCCCAGGGUUGCUGGUCGUCAAUGUCUUAUUCUCAUCGCUUGCUUUCAUUUUGACUGCUUUGCGGAUAUAUACCCGUGCUUUCAUAACAGCCACCAUCGGCCUUGACGAUGUCCUUGCCGUGUUGUCCCUGGCAUUUGCCAUUGCCAUGUGUACCGCGACAUCUAUCGCCGCUGCACAUUUCGGCUGGGACCGCCAUCAAUGGGAUAUUCCAUACGCAUGGAUACCGGCUUCACUCAAGUACCGCAUGGUUUUUGAAAUGACCUUUACGGUGACAUCGACAUUAACCAAGGUGUCCUUAUUAUGGUUUUGCCGUCGACUCCUUGGGAGCAGCGCAAAGAGUAAUCUUCGGUACUUGAACUGGAGUCUUAUUGGUGCCAUGGUACUUUUAGUGAUACUGGGCCUUUUGUUCAUCUUCACCACGUUACUCAAUUGCAUUCCCAUCAAAGCAUCCUUUGAUUUGCUCCCAGACUACCCGUAUCACUGCAUCAAUGGAGCUCAAGUGGUCCUGGGAGCCAGCGUCAUCAACGUGUUUACCGACUUCAUGACCACUGUAGUGCCCAUGCCAUUAAUAUGGAAACUCAAUCUUCCUCGGCGUCAGCGUCUUGCAGUCAUUGGUAUCUUUGGUAUCGGUAUCGUGGUGACUAUCGCUUCUUCUGUUCGGACGUAUUUUGCCUGGUUUGACUCCUUUGGCUCAUAUGACUCCUCAUGGUGGGGAUGGGCCGCUAGUUUGUCUGCCGCCAUCGAGGUCAACCUGGGGCUGAUCUGUGCAUCCGCACCCGCUCUUCGGCCCCUUAUCAAGGCAAUCUCGCCUCGACUCCUCGGUAGUUCCAGACAUGAAUAUGAUUACUCCCACCAACGUUUCAACAACCCCAAGCCAUGGCCACCGUCAUCAAACCAAUCCGCUAACCCUCAUGUACGCAUGGGAUCUAACGAUUCAAUAACCAAAGAUGUGCGGAUGUUUAGUCGACGGGAUUCCACUGAUGGAUCAGGUAUCGUUCGCACUGUCGAGUUGGAGACGUUCUAUGAAGACCGCAAGGACGGAAUAUACGGUCGUCCUGCGACUGCCAAGUCGGUCCCUUCCAAACCACUGAUGGAAGCAAGGAAUGCGUAUGGAAGGGCAGUCAUGAAGCCGUCACGCAGCUAUAUUAUGGACCGGCGGCAAGACUCCUUUUCCGCGUCGAGGAAUUUAAAGGAGUUGUAUAACGACGAUGAGGCGCCAUUUGCUCUUGAAAGGAUGAACAUGACCUCCGCACUCCGAUCUCGCCUCAAUAUGAGGUCUGUUACACGCCUCAAUGCAGGGCGCCUGUUCAGCMCUGCUGUCCCCCGCCGUUCCGCACAGCCCUACUUUGCAGAUGAGCCCACGGCACCUUCAGUGCGAACUGCUAUUCCAGGCCCCAAGAACCAGGCUGCUGCCAAGGAGCUCAGUGAAGUCUUUGACACUCGUAGCUUGAACCUUCUCGCUGAUUACGAAAAAUCCGUUGGAAAUUAUAUUGUCGACCUUGACGGUAACAAAUAUCUCGAUGUCUACGCACAAAUCGCCUCCAUCCCCGUUGGCUACAACAACCCUCACCUUGCCGCUGCAGUCAACACCCCCGAGAUGGUCCGCGCCAUCAUUGACAGACCGGCUCUUGGAAACUUCCCUUCUGCCGAUUGGUCUCACAUCCUUCGAACUGGACUCCUGGCAGCCGCUCCCAAGGGACUGAAUCAGGUCUUUACCGCUCUGGCGGGAUCCGACGCAAAUGAGCUUGCCUACAAGGCUGCUUUCAUCUACAAACGCUCACAAGAGCGUGGAGUUGGUGCUGAUUUCACCGAAGAGGAAUUGAAGUCGACUAUGGUCAACGAGGGCCCUGGUUCUCCUCAGAUGUCCAUCUUGUCCUUCAAGUCAGCUUUCCACGGUCGUCUGUUUGGUAGUCUGUCAACCACCCGAAGCAAGCCUAUUCACAAACUCGAUAUUCCCGCCUUUGACUGGCCCGCUGCCCCUUUCCCCAACCUCAAGUACCCUCUUGAGGAGCACGUAAAGGAGAAUGCCGAGGAAGAACAGCGCUGCCUCCAGGAGACCGAGCGUCUUAUUAAGGAAUGGCACAAUCCUGUUGCUGCUGUGAUUGUUGAGCCUAUCCAGUCUGAAGGUGGUGAUAACCAUGCUUCCCCCGCUUUCUUCCAGGGUCUCCGUGACAUCACCAAGCGCACCAAUGUGCUCUUCAUUGUUGAUGAGGUUCAGACUGGUGUCGGUGCUACUGGAAAAUUCUGGGCUCAUGACCACUGGAACUUGAGCUCUCCUCCUGACAUGGUCACAUUCUCCAAGAAGGCCCAAGCAGCCGGUUUCUACUAUGGCAACCCUGAUUUGCGUCCUGCCCAGCCAUACCGUCAGUUCAACACCUGGUUGGGUGACCCAGUUCGUGCCAUCUUGUUCCGCGCCAUUUACGAAGAAGUCCAGAACAAGAACCUUGUUGAGAACACUGCCAUUACUGGAGAAUACUUGUACAAGGGACUUGAAGCUCUUGCUCAGAAAUUCCCCAAUGCUAUUCAGAACCUCCGUGGCAAGGGCCAGGGAACUUUCAUUGCUUGGGACUCGCCUAACCGUGACGAGUUCCUUGCUAAAGCUAAGACUGUGGGUGUCAACAUUGGUGGAAGUGGAGCCACGGCUGUGCGUCUGCGACCAAUGUUGAUCUUCCAGAAGCACCAUGCCGACCUCCUCCUCGAGAAACUCGAGAAACUCCUCGCAUAG